CGGACAGGCACUCAGCCGCACCAGCACACACAUGCAGACAGACAGACAGACUAGUGGCCAGCCAGCCAGCCAGCCAGGCAGGUAGACAGGGGCAACAGGCCACCCCGCUCACUUGCGGCUCGGAUUCCUGCACGGACGCACACACACACACAUGACCAUCCCGUCCAUCGGGUGUGUGUGUGUGUGUGUGGUUGCUCACCGUCUGCGCGAAGAGACCGUUUGGAACCCGUCUUCAUCGACGUCCCCAUCCACGGCGGGCGACUCGUCGCCAACGUGGUUGGCCACAGGACUGAACACAACACAACACCGACACACACAAACGUCAGGUGGGGAGGGCACCGUGUGUGUCAUGAAGGAAGGGACAAAAUAAGUGGUUGUCUGACCCGUCAGGCUUGACGUGGUUGUCUUGUGGGCUGUCGCCAUCCACCGGGCCGUCAGAUCUGCCGCCUCGGCGACUCGGAGUCGGGCCGUCAUCAUCACUGAGUGAGACACAUGCACACACACACACAUGCGCAGACAAAGGAGGAGUCAUCUAGGCCGUCUCGGGCCGCUGGUGGUGGUACGGCAGCCUCACUAACCGGUCAUCGUGUCCGUUCGUGUGUUGGUGGUCGAGGCGGUCUCGCGGCGGGCGUCCUCCUCGGUCUUUUGAGGCUCGGCGUCGGUCGUCCUGCCGCUUGCGGUCCUCCUCCAACUCCCUGUCGUGCUCCUGACUGCGAAUGAAACUCCUGAAAUCGGAAAGAGCGAGCAGUGAGCGGAUUGUCUGUGGUUCCGUCUCUCGACCUCUCCUCUCUCUCUGUCUCUCACCAGUCCUGGUCACCACGGUCGUCCCGGCCUCCUCUGUGGUCUCGGCCGCGAGCCUUGAACGCCUCCCUGCUGCACACAAAGCCACCAAGGCCACACGAAUCCACAGUGACACCCUCUGCGCUUCCUCUCUCCCCCCUCCCCCUCCCUCCCCCAUUGCUUGCACAGCACACACACCUUUCGAUUGGGUCUCUGUCUCGGUCGUAGUCGCGGCGCCUGUCGGGCUCCCGGUCACGUCCGCCCCUGUCCCUGUCCCUCUCUCUGUCACGCCUGUCGUCCCUCCGAUCAUCGCGGUCAUCGCGACGCCACUCGCGAUCGUCCUCACGGCCACGAUCCAUCUGCACAAGAACCCAACACGAGGUAAGGCCUCUUUCGUCCCCCCAUCGUGUAUUGCUGACCCUGCGAGGUCCGCGGUCGUCCUCCUCGUCGUCACGGAAGCGACGGUCGUCGGGUCGACGUUCGUCGUCCCUCGAACGCCGAGAGGGCGGCACGUAUCGACCACCCUCACGCUCACGCGGCCGCUCCUCCCUGUCCCGCUCUCUCUCCCUCUCCCUCUCUCUGUCUCGGUCCCCCCUGAGGGCUCCGAAGUCUCGCUCAUCCUCGUCACGAAGGCGGUCGCGAUCGCGACGCGAGUCGAACUCCCUCUCCCUCUCCCUGUCCCUGUCGCGGUCUCUCUCCCUGGCCUCGAUUUCCUCCAUGCGCUUGCGCUGCAUCUCCGCCUGCUUGAACAAACGCUCCUUCCGCUGAGAUGAGAGAGGGACAGGCAGGAAAGGGAAGUCAACACAGGCAGCAGGGCGUGUGUCUUCUGGGGGUGUGUGUGUGUGUGGAACGGAACACUGACCUCUUUCUCUUCUCUGUCUUUGCGUUCGGCCUCGGCGCGCAGCCGCUCCUCCUCCUCGCGAGCCAACUGAUAGACACACGGAUGGAUGGAUGGAUGGACACAUAACAUAGACAACACACAGGCAAGCGGAGACGGAUGGGAUGAGCAGACAUGGGAUGGAUGCAUGGAUGGAUGGAUGGAGGGAUGGGGCGUGCGUGGCGUGGCGUGGCGUGGCGUGUGUGUAUGGUAUGAGCCUCAGUCCAGCUCCAAAAGUGCUUCCUCAUUGCUGACUGGCUCUUUGACAGCCGGCCAGCUGUAGCAAGGACGCAACUGGUAUCAUCAUCAGCCGAACGAACCAGCCGCACUCACUCACCCCAACUGAACUGAUCUGCCCUGCCCUGCCAUGUCCUGACCUAAGUGACAGUGACUGGCUGGCUUCUCUUCUCCCACACACACACACGCACACGUGCAGUGAGUGCAUCUGACUCACCCGUGCUUCCUCCUCCUUGCGGCGCUGCUCCUCCUCCAACUUCUCACGCUGAAAGAAACACACCGAUGCGCGAAUCGUCAUGGUAUUGCUUGGCUGGUUGGUUGUUUGCUUACGUAUCGUCGUUCCUCCUCUGCCUGCUCCUUGCGCUCGCGGGCACGGUGGAUCUUGCGCUCGAUGAUCAUCUGGUCACACACGCACGCACACCAACAGGCAGGCAAUCGCUCGGUUGCGAUGAACAUGUGUGACGUGUCUGCCAGUGCGUGUGUGUGUGGGGGGGAGUGGUUUUUCUGCCUUACGUUUCGUAUUUCCUGUCGUGCCUCGCGUCGCUUGGCCUCGAGUUCCUCGCGCUUGCCCUCCAUCUGACGCUCAAUCCACGACUCCUGCAGGCAGGCAGGCACGUGCCAGCCAUCGACACACACAGCCGUGAACAACCAAUCCACCACUGGCAGUGAUGGGCCCUGUCUCUUUCGUGACCUUACUCACCCUGUAUGGCUUGACGGGCACGAAGAGGUUCUUCUCGGCGACCAGCGCGUCGUGGCUCUGCUUGUGCUCUGACACACACCGGAGAACAAACAAACAGCACACACACAUGUGCAUGCCCCGUCCGUCGCCCACGCGCCGUGCUCUGGCUCUCGCUCUCGCUCACCCUGCAUGUAGUUCUGGUUGAGGACGUCGUGGUACUGUUUGUCCUCCUCCUGGAUCUUGACGAGCCUCUCCUGCAGCAAAGGGAGCUCCUCCUCUCGCAGGGCGCGCGCCAGGUGGUCCACCCGCUUGGCCUCGAGCUUGCGCUGGCGGAUCUUCUCGUUGCGCUCCUUGAUGCGCUGCUCCUCCUGCGCCUUCUCCAGCACCUCUCGGUUCAUGUGACGCACGUCGUCCAGACCCACCUCGUCCAACUUCUUGCCGCCGAUCUGGUCAACGGACACACACACACAGUGAGGGAGGCAGAUGGUGUGUGGGAGGAUAGGAAUGGCUGGCUGUGGAGGGGAGGGGUCACACACUACACAUACGUGUGUACCGUGAUUUUGGCGGCGGCCUGGCUGGUGCUGGCCAUUUUCUUGAUGGCUUCGAGCAUCUCCUGCGUCUUGGCGACCUCCUUCUUCUCCUGCUCCUCCUUCUGCUUCUCCUCCUCGCGUUUCUUCUUCUCCUCCUCGCGGCGCCUGGCCUCGGCCUCCUCCUCGCGGGCUUUGAUCUCCUCCAUCUUGCGACGUUGCUCCUGAUGAAUGGAUGGCACAGACAGACAGGGGGGACAGACAACACAUGAACGAACGAGCUGUUGGUUGAUGGACGAGAUGUGGGUGUGUGUACCUGGUCGAUGCGGGCUUGUUCCUUCUCGCGCUGCUGCUUGCGGUACUCAAUCUCGGCCUUCCUGCAAACGCAGAGCAGACGAACGAAGGCACGCCAGCCAACACAGGCAACCAACCGGUGAGGGACGCAGUCAUUCGCAUACAUAGGCUAUCUAGGGUGUGUCAAGUCGCGUCGACUCGACCCGUCCUUACCUUUCCUGCACGUUGCGGUGUUCCUUCCUGAGGUUGGCGGUGAUCUCCUCAAACAGACGCUCCUUCUCAGUCAUGUCCUGCUGCUGGAUGCCCUGCAGGCAACGAAGGAAGCCAGCACACACAAGUGAGUGAAGUUACAGAGUGGAUGGAUGUGUGUCGCCCGUCCCGUCGCCUGCUGGCCGACCUUUGGUGCGAUCUUCUUGACAGCCUGCUCAAGCUUAGUCGCCAAGUCGACCAACUGAUGCUUCAAACUGAUGGAUGGAUGGCAUGGUCGACACACCGACACAGAGAGAGAGAACGAACCACACAUCUGUCUGUGCGCCCGCCGCUGCUCGCUGCUUGUGGUUGCGGCGCUCCCCUCCCUCACCCGUCGCUUGCGUCUGCCAUGGAUGCGCCGAAAAAAAUGGCCUUCUUGACGUAGUCGAUGCGCAGCUGCACCUGCUUCUUGUGGACGAGCUCCACGAUGACCUUCUCGGCCUCCGCCCACUCGAGGAAACUCGCGGGGCACACCGCCCUCGUGAAGUAGUCCACCGACAACGUGCUGUAGACCUGCCCGACACACAACACAAGCCGUGCUAUGCUGUGCUCUCAUGUCCUAUCGGUCUGCCUGACUGCGUCAUGCGUCUCACGUUAGCGAGCUGCAUGAUGGUCUUGUGGCAGACGACUCGUUUGAUGGGCAUGAUGUACUUGUGGGCGAAGUCGGGCAGCUCAUCCAGCAGAGGCAGACAGUCGGUGCUGCACACACACACAACACACACACACACACACAGGGACACACAGGGACAGACAAUGACCUCAGUGCCGCGCCUCUGUCUGUCUCGUUGUGGCUCAGCUCAGUCGCUCCCUUCCCUCCCGGUUUACCAUAGACUGAGUGGGGUGAAGUCGUUCUCCAGCAGUGUGUAUAGCUUUUUGCAGGCGGGGUGUGCGUGGACCAGGAUCUGCUUGGCCUGCAGCUCCUGCUGCAGGUACUCGCGACUCGGCACAACUGCACCCAUCGCAUCAACCAACACAAGGCAUUCGUGGCCGUGUGUGUGUGUAUGUGUGUGUGUGUGUGUGUGUGUGUUGACCCACCUGGAUAGAAGAGGAGUUGGCUCAUGCGUCUGGCCUUGUCGCGACGGAUGUCGUCCUCCUGAGUGCCCAGACGAUGAGCCGCAGACAGGUUGCCGCUGAAAGGAAUGAAAUGAACGAUUGCGCACAACGACCGACGCGUGAAAUCCCUCGAUUCGUCGAGUGAGGGUGCUGGCUGAAGUGAUGUGAUGUAUCCCUGCUGGCUUACAUGUGGAGUGGAAUGGCCAGGAUGGAGAGGACGGUGAGGGUGCACGACUGCUCGAUCUCCUGCUCGGUUGCCGACUUCUUGUGUGUCCGGACUUGCAGAAAAUACUUGAGCCUGCACCAAGCAAGCACCACACACAUGAAUCCCCAUGCACCGCACCCAGACAUGAACUGAAGGAUUCCAGCUGGACUUCGUUCGUGUAUCUAUCGGUGUGUCGAUUCACUCACCAGGCGCACGCAUGGAACAGGUAGUCCUCUCCCACCCAGAAUAUCUGGUAAGAUAGCACGUCAGGACAUUCAGUCCCACAAGGCAGGAAGAUGAAGCGACAUCGUCCCGUCAUCCAACCACCCACCGUUUGCAGCUUGUCAUAGUAGUCGGCCAGCAACUUGGGGCGACGCUUGGACGUUUUCUGAACACACACAGCCACAUGACAUGAGCCGCCGACUUGUCCCUCCCUGGUGUUGUUGGUUUGGCCUUACCACCAUGAGGGCGUAGAUGUCCUCAGACGUGGCGAAACACUCACGCCAGAGGGUCAACUCAGACGCAACCUGCACACACAUGGAGGCCGAUCCAUCUGUGCUUAGGUACCUUUGUCCCUUCCGGGCUACCUUGAGUUGCGUGAAUCGUGUUUCGAGCAUGGCGGCGAUGGUCUCGGGGUUGUUCAGGUUGAUCUGGUUCUGCUGACCAGCUGCACCAACACACAAACAGACAGACAGACAGACAGACACACAGACAGACAGAGGCAUGCAGCACCCAUCCCCAUCCAUCGCUUCAUUCAGGUCACGUCACACGCGGCUCGGCUCACAUACGUUUGGUCAUGGCCUGCUUUUGUAUGUUGGCGUAGUGGUUGCGGAUGCGUUCGCAGAGGCGCUUGAACUCCUGCGGCCGCUGGUUGGCCAGGCAGAACUCGAAGGCCUUCUGCGCCGUGUCGUGGUACACCUUCUCGAGGCGCGAGUUGGUCCGCAGGAUGUCCAGAAUCGUCUUGUACGAUUCCCACACAAACCUGAACAAACCAACCAGGGCGAUGGACCAGUGUUGUCAUGUGUGUGCCUGGUUCAUUCAGUUCACCUGAAGGCAUCGUGCACUUCACGAGACUGCUGGUCGCGGUCAGAUUGCUGAGAGGGAGACACACCACACCAUGCAGACAGACAGACAGGUGUGCACGUCUGUGUCGCGUGCGUGUAAGGAGGAUGGUUUGUUGGGUCAGUCUCUGCUCACCUGCACACUGCUGAGCAGCACCGCCUCGGGCGACUCCUCGCCCUCCAAAUCAGCCAUGUCGGUGAUCUGCACACACCCAUACAUCAGACACAGGCACAGCAGAUGAGCGACAGGGAAGGCACCACGUAGCUGAGUCAUGGGCCGGCCGCCCACUCACCUUGAUGUUGUGUGCUCGCUUCUUGGCGUCGUUGAGGCGCUCCUCGGCAUAGUCGCGAAACCGACAGAUGACCGUCUCGAGCGAGGCAACAUUGGCUUGCUGACACAGACCUGAACGCACAGACAGACAGACAGUCAAGAAACACUUUGAAUGGAACAGCCGAUCGUAUGGGGCGUUGUUGCCUUGGUCAUGUAUCUGUGUGCGUGUGUGCGCGUGUGUGUGGUAGCUACCUCUGUAUUGGAUGAGGCCCUCCUUGGCGUACUUGAGACGCUGCUGCUCAACACAGAAGUCGACGUACUUGAGGAGCACACGCUCGAGCGUCGCGUUCCAUCCCUGCGACCUGGGCAGGUCACACACACACACAUACGACACACAGAUGACAGACAGAUGCAGAAUCGUUGCCAUCCCGCCGCUGUCUGCCUCUCUGUCUGUCCGUCCGUCCGUCUGUCCGUCUGUCCGUCUGUCCGUCUGUCCGUCUGUCCGUCUGUCCGUCUGUGUGUGUGUCUGGGUGCGGCUCACUUGAAUCUGUUGUGGCUGAUGACAGAGUGGAGUGUCUGGAGGGCGGUCUCCCGCUGACCCACGGCCUCCAACUCCUCAGCCCGCUUCAAAGCAUUCUCUGGCUUGAGAAACAUCGACAUGCUGGCAAGAUACCGUGGAACCGCUCCCUCGACUCGCUGAUCUUCGGCUGCUGCUGAUGGAAACGCAGUGGGUCAGCCAGAAGAGCAUUCAAAGGACGAGCAGACAGCCGGGCAACUCGCGGGGGGCGAGUGGCGUGUCGACAGCUGAUGCGAGAGGGCAGAUCUCUGACUGUUGCCUUGCCAGAGUCACUCCUCACUGACUCACAGAGACACUCCUGCCUGUCCUCAGCUGCUGCAGCUGAUCUCUGGCUGAUCCUCCUCGGCGCGGCGAAUGCACGACGAACUCGACGUGCUCUUGUGGAUUUGCUUCUCUUUUG